ACACACUGUGACACAUAGGGGAAGAUGGAAACAAGAAAGAAACACUGAGACAAAACCAGGGAAGAGUCCUCUUUCCUAUCCUCAGCUGAGGGAGGUGUAAAGUUGUCGGAUCUAAUUCACCCUUUUAUCAGGUAAUGCCGGCCUCAAACUAUGACCAGGCCUGUCUCCAGGACUUAUUACCGCUGUACUACAAGCGGCUGUUCCCCUUCGCUCAGUAUUACCGCUGGCUAAACUACGGAGGAGUGCAGAAGAACUACUUCCAGAACCGAGAGUUCUCCUUCACACUCAAAGAUGACAUCUACGUCCGGUACCAGUCCUUCAGCACCCAGGGCGAGCUGGAGAAGGAGAUGCAGAAGAUGAACCCUUACAAGAUUGACAUUGGAGCCAUAUAUAGCCACAGGCCAAAUCAACACAACACAGUGAAGUCAGGGACCUUCCAGGCCCUGGAAAAGGAGCUGGUGUUUGAUAUCGAUAUGACUGAUUAUGAUGAUGUCAGGAGCUGCUGCAGUGCUGCAGACAUUUGCUCCAAGUGCUGGACACUGAUGACCAUCGCUAUUCGCAUCCUGGACAGAGCUCUUCGAGAGGACUUUGGUUUCCAGCACCUGCUGUGGGUUUAUUCUGGCAGAAGAGGAGUGCAUUGCUGGGUGUGCGACGAAGCUGCCAGGAAGCUCUCUGUAGCAGCUCGCUCUGCAGUCGCAGAAUACCUCAGCUUGGUGAAGGGAGGUGAACAGACGGUGAAGAAAGUUGUGCUGUCAGAUCCAAUUCACCCUUUUAUCAGAGAGUCUUUGACUGUGGUGGACCACUACUUUACCCAGUACGCACUACAGGAUCAGGACAUACUCGGCCGCAAGGAAUCUGUAGACAAAGUGCUGGCGCUUGUGCCUGAAGAUGUAAGAAAAGAUUUACAGCAAGACUUCAAGAAUGAGAAGAAACCAGAGACCCGGUGGAAACUGAUCGAGGACCAAGCCAUUAGGAAACAGAGCACUGCCAAGAAGGGCCAACACUUUGAGAAAGAGAUCAUGCUGCAGUAUUGUUACCCACGGCUCGAUGUAAAUGUCAGUAAAGGGGUGAACCACUUGCUGAAGAGCCCCUUCAGUGUCCAUCCCAAAACAGGACGCAUCUCUGUUCCCAUGGACAUCAAAGAACUGGAUACGUUUGAUCCCUUUGCUGUGCCCACAAUCAGUCUGAUCUGUGAAGAGCUGGAUCGACCCAGGAUGGGCGAAGAGGAUGAGAAGUCAGAGGACAUCAAGGACAAGGAGAACGAGAAAGAUGGAGCAGAGCGACGAAAGAUCAGAGAUUACAAAAAAACGAGCCUGGGGAAGUACGUCAAAUACUUUGAUCGGUUCCUGGAUGGAAUGGCUCGUUCGUGGAAAGGAGAUCUUCUCAGAAAAAGUGAUCUUCAGAAAGAAUUUUGAAGUGGAUCAACAGUCAGACAUCAGAUAUAGACGAGACAUCGUAAAUAGCUCCCUGUCACAACGUUUUGGAGGCUUCAUGUUGAAAUUUUUCUGAUGACCAAUAAUUUCCUUCAAUUCUGUUUUAUUAUACUCUUAUGGGACUCAUGAUAAUACAUUUAUCAAUCUCCUUACUGGAAGAUUUUCCAAGUACAAUGUCAGUCUUAUAUUUGUCUGUUUGUUGUCUACUUUUGUUUUUGUACAGUUAAUGUCAAUAAAUGUUUGUACAAUGAA